AUGAUGGCCUGUGGAGCUCAGAAGCUGCUGUGUCUUGUAGCUCUCAUUGCCCUGUCAACUGGUGAGUCUAUCCGGUGGAAGCUAAAAUAGGAUUUGCCAUAUUUUUCCUGAUGCCUAUAUGCUAAUAUAGAAGCUAUUGUUCUGUGAUAAAAAGGAUUUGAUACAGAAGAUGCACCAAGGGCAAGAGAGGACAGGAGGAGGAGGAGGACCAGGCUAGGGUGAAAGGGACAUUUGCCCAGGGGCAAAAUUGACAUGGAGGCUGUUCUAUACUGACAAAAUUUAAGUUCAGAGUCAGAUCAGUUUGUGCAUGUGUGUGUGUGUACUUGAGGAGCACGAGCUUUCAUUGACAGAGGCUGGGUGGCCAACUGUCAUGGAUGCUUUAGUUGCGAUUCCAGCGUUGGACUAGAUCAUAGCUGUCAAGCGUCCCUUAUUUGGCGGGACAGUCCCUUAUCCCAGCGCCAUGUCCCACUGUUGUCCCUUAUUGAUGUCCCUUAAAUAAGCUACUGAAGGUAAUGAAGCCCUUUCUAUAUCCAGCUGUCCUUUGUCAACAACAAAUUGUUGCUGUUUUUUGUGUUGAAUAUAUGCUAUAUGGUAAUUUACGGACCUAAUAGGUAUCUAAAGCCAUUUGCAUGCAACAAAAUAUGUAUUUUAUCAAAGUAAUUGUUGAUCCCUUAUUUUGGCUGCUGAUCCCUUAUUUUCGAGGCUGCUGGUCCCUUAUUUUCAAAUCUGUAAGUUGACAGCUAUGGACUAGAUGACCCUCAGUGUCCCUUCCAACUCUACAAUUCUGUGAUUCUAACAUUUCAUCAGGUGCUGAAAUGAAGCAAAUGACAACAAACAUUUUAGAAGGAAACCUCACUGAAUCUUCAUCUUAAUAGCAAUAGAUCAUAAUUCCUUCCAUCAGAUUAAAGAAUCCAGUGAUUUGUUCAGGCAACGAAAUAUUUGGAUGUGCUCUUUUCCUGCAAUCUCACUUUCCUUCUAUCUGCUUGAACCAACUUAUCUGAGGUCCGUCACUUGAGGUCUUUGGUGGACUAUAGACUCCUUUCUCUUGAUAGAACAAGAAAUUAAUUUAAUUAAGAAAGGAAUGCAUAUCACUUUAAGAUUUCACCAAGGAGCUUUCCUUCCAAAUUGAAAAAACUUUCAUACUUUCUGUUCAUCCAAUUUCAGUAUCUGAUAAAGUGAAUUGUAGACUAAGGAAGUGUAUGCUUUUAAAAAUGAAACAAGCUGAUCUUUUAUUUUUUUAAAAAACAUUUUCUUUUAAAUUUUAUUCACAACGUGAAUGUUCUGCAAUGUGAUGUUCUGCAAUGUUUUCUAUGAGAGUCAGCCCCUGCCCCAACUCAGAGCUUUUUAAACAUUAGCUCAACCCCAGGGUAAGUUUUGCAAAUAUAUAUAUAUAUAUAUAUAUAUAUAUAUAUAUAUAUAUAUAUACUUUAAAAGCAGGAUGUACAGCAUAACACUACAAAUUGGCUGCAGGCUAUGGCUUAUUUCUACACUAUUGACAUGCAACCUCAGAUAUAAAACCCACUUAGUAUUAUGGGGCCUAUUCCUGUGUAACUGUGGCACAAGAUUUCAGUGUAGUUUUUAGAAUAAUUCCCCCUUUCUGGGGAAUAUUGAGACCUGUUCUGUGAGAGGGCUGGGAACCAUGAACAUAGAACUCUCAAAAUUGUCACUAAAUUACAGUUGCCACGAUUCUUCAGGGGGAAACGCCAUAAUAGUUAAACUGGUCUAAAACCAAUAUAAGUUUUUAAUCUUAACUGUAUCUAAAGGGUUACCCCAUCUCCUUGUUGCCUGUUGUUUUCAUCUGCCGUUUGCUGCUAUGCAUUGCCAGUUUUACAGCUAAUGCAGCUGUUUCCUCCUGUCCAGUUCUGCAAAGAAUCUUCCCCAUCUUUCAACUACCAGGACAAUCACUUCCCUUGUCCUUUUGUAGUUUCAAACAAGCAAAGCAUAGUUUUGCAACCUUCCCCUUGGAGAAGAGCAGGGCUGGCCCAUCCAUGAGGCAGACUGAGGCAGUCACCUUGGGCCACGGAAUCCAAGGGACAAUAACCCCAUGGUUACCCUGCCCCUGGAGAAGUGGCGGUGGCAGCUUCUAGAUUCCAGAAGGUCUCGCGAGAUCUCAUCAGAAGCCACUGGAGAAGCAACUGCAGUGGUGGCUUCCGAUCAGGGGUAUACGAAGUGGGGGGCGGAGGGGUCGGGCCACCCUGGGUGCCACUCUGGGGUGUGUGUGAGACAAGAUGACCCCUGCCUCCCCCAGCUGUAGAGUGGCCGAGGGCGCAUGCAGUCAGUAUGUGCAUGUGGCGUCUGUACGGGCUUCCACUCUCACACGGCGUCCAUACGGCCACGCAUGCGCACUCCAUACAGGAUGCUGCACAUGUAUGGACGUCGCACGCGAGCGGCAGCCCAUACAGAGUGCACAUGUGUGGCAUCCUGUACGGAGUGCAUGGGCUGCUGUGCAUGCACAGUCAGUAUGGACAUUGCAUGUGCACCACUGAGCAGUUGGCCCCCGUCCCUCGGCGUCCUGCCCCGGGUGCCGGAGAGGGUUCCUCCGCCACCACUUCCAGGUUCUAGCAAGAUCUCAAUGGAAGCCACUGCUUCUUCUCUCCUGUUGUGGACUGGUUGGACGCUGAGGAAUGGUGGGAGGAACCAGCUGGGGAACCUCCAGGGGAACGUCCCGGGCCACAGAGAGGUUAGGCUGGCCUCAACUAGAGCCAGGGCUUUUUCGGCUGUGGCUCCAAUCUGGUGGAACGCUCUAUCACAAGAGACUAGGGCCCUGCGGGAUUUGACAUCUUUCCGCAGGGCCUGCAAGACAGAGCUGUUCCACCAGGCCUUUGGUCAGGGCACAGCCUGACUCCCUCCUUUGGCAAUCUUUAGCCUAAUGGUUGCCAUCGUUUUGAGUUGAAUUAAUUUUAUAAUGAAAUGAUUUUAGAAUGUUGUACUAUUUUAUUGUUGUUAGCCGCCCUGAGCCCAGCUUCGGCUGGGGAGGGCGGGAUAUAAAUAAAAUUUAUUAUUAUUAUCAUGAUGAUGAUGAUGAUGGCUCAAAGCCCAGGAGAGAUGGUGGGGUGACAAUGAGUGGUCAGAGGAAGAAUAGGGAGAAGACUGGGAGGAGGAGGUUUCAGAAGCUGAAGAGGCAACGGCUUAGUGAGCUGGGAGAGUCUGCUGGGAAAGUGAAAUCCAGAAUCAGAGGCAGAAACUGAAGCAGGAGGGAGGAGGGAGGCCAAGAGGCAGAGAUGAGUCAGGCCAGUGAAGAGUCAUGGGUGUCUCACCUUCCUGCUGCAACAAGCUCCCCUCCCUCCCAGUCUCCCAGAACCAGAAGAGGCAUGAAGAGAGCAGAGGAAAGUUAGCUUCAUGAAGGCGCAGUUUCAGGUUGCUUGGGAAAGGCCCUGGAGAGGAGGGGACCUUCAGUCUCAGCAACUGCUUCAUGGGGGCAAGACCUGCUGGAGAUGAGCUGCUGUGCCCAUUAGGCAUGACACUCCUGUGCAGAUCCUGUCUUUGCUAAUAAAGAGUUAACUCCAACUUGGUCUGUAUGGUUUCCCGCUGGCUCAUUCCUGUUAGGCAGCUUCUGCGUUCUCGUGAGAUCUCACGGACCUCUCACAAGAUCUUGCCAGAACUUGGAAGUCACCACCACACAACCCCAGUAAGCGAGGACCAACAGGUGGGCAGAGGUGGCAGUGGAGGGGCGAAGGCACUUUUCCAUUGCCGCAGGUGAUAAAAUAGGAUGGGCCACCCCAGCAGCAGAGAGAGGUUCCAGGAUAGCACUGUAGGUCAGUUUUGUCUGGAGGAGGGAGUCCUAGCGGCAACUAGUGAUUAAAUAUCCAUUAAUUUACAAAUGUAUAUAUCAAGCAGAUAGCCUUCCAGCAAGCAGGCAGUCUAAAACAACUGAAGCACCCCUGAAGUUGCUCAUUCUAUCACCUUAUCCCACCUCCCAAUGUUAACUUCAGCCAGUGCUUGUUUAAAAACAACAACAACACCACACAUUUAGGGGUACUCUCAUUUUCCUACUCAUAUUGAAAUACUGCUCCUCAGUGAGGCCAAACUUAGAUUCACAAAAUGUUUAGGGGUAUGCAUAUCCCUGCGUCCCCCCAGAAAAAAAACACUGACCAGCCAAUAGCUGGGCAGGUGGCAAUGGGCUUUGUUGCAUCACUCAUAUCUUUCCCUUUAACUUCAAAAAUUCAAAGCAGCUGGAGGAGGUAUUCAUUUGAACACAGAAGCAUCACCAAGGAUGGGAGGGAGUUUAACCGUUUCCUUUGCUCCCCUAAGAGUUGUAAUAUUAGUUGCAGGGAUAGAUUUUUACCGGGAAAUCAGCACAGGGGGAGAAGGUUAACUGCCUUCCAAUAUGAAAUCAACAGGCACACACACAGCUGUUGUUUUAUAAAUGUUAGGGAAUUCAAUCACAGAUGUCCUUUAUCAUAUGCAGUUUGGCCUUGAUAUAUUCCAGAUGUUUGGAAUGUUUGCUGUUCAUUAAUUGGGAGACUCCACAGAUUGCCAACAUGUAUAAAGCUAUACAAAAUCUAGAGGGGAGAGGGGCAUUUUGCAUAACAGAGUAUUAUGGCUGUAACAGUCUAAAUUCAGUCAAAGAGUCUUUCAGCAGCUUAAAGAUUAACACAUUUAUUAUGGCAUAAGCCUGGGUUUGAGUCUACAAAAGUGUAUACCAUAUUACAUUUGGUUAGUUUUUAAAGUCCCAUUUAUGUGGGUAAAUAAAUUAAAGUUGAAUCCUGAAAAUGAACAGGCCUUAUAUGUUUUGAGUUCUCAAGUCUGGUAGGUGGAGAGGUGACAUAUUCUGCACUCCCCUGGAAGGGUCAAGUCCAUGCCUUUGGGAGAUGGGGCUUGUGGAUCCAACACUGUCCUUGGAGGCACAUGUAGCCUCAGUGGCUGGGAGUGGCUGGUUCACCAGGUACAGUCUCUCCUGGACAGAAGGGGCUUGGUCACUAUCAGGGCAGGCCUGUCCAUGAGCAGACUGAGGCAAGAGAGGACUGUUGUUAUGAUGGCUAUUUUUUUUUUUUUAUUAGGCUGUCUGGCAGUAGGCUUUUUAUUAUGUUUUUAUCAUUGAUGUUCUGUAAUGUGUUUUUAAUAUUGUACACCGCCCUGGGAUCUUUUGAUAAAGGGCAGUAUAUAAAUUGAAACAACAAACAAACAAACAAACAAUACGCUGACAUAAAUAUAUUUUGCUUUGCUGGACCCACCUAUUCUGCUGAAUAUAUAGUGUUGUGUUCUGGCUGGACUUGUUUAAUCUUUGUAACUGUACGUUUUAGAAGGUUUUAUAUUACUGCAUUGUUCUAACCUGGUCUGAGACCUUGCGGUGAAGGGUGGAAAAAGUAUAAACUCAGUUUUCAUUAUUUAUUCGUUUUCCUCCCCCCCAUCCCCCCCCCAACAAAAACCACCUGCAUGACUCUCUCUCCUGCCUCCCUUUCUUUAACAAUGUGGGAACUGCAGUUCCAUCUUUGGUGUGGGAGAGAGUAAGGACAUUGUUAAUUUGUUGCUGCUGCUUUAUUUUAACACAUGCGAAUUACACAAGGGAAACAAUCUUUUUCUUUGUCCUAGACUGGUUUCUGCCUGUGGUCAUUGCUCAGGACGAUCCUACAGGUACGUUUCCUUUAAUUCUGCACCAAUGCUUCAAUCCUAAACAGAUGUAAAAAGGUAAAGGGACCCCUGACCAGGAAGUAAGUCUCACUAGACUCAGAACUAAUCUAUACAGUACUUGUGAGUUAUAACAUUAUAUAUGUGUUAUAAAAUGUGACACCAGGGGGCUCUGUACAGCAGCCAAUGGAAAACUGCAUGGAGAGCUAUAUAGUGGGGUUUUUUUAGAUCGGAGUAGAUUCAGCCUCAGUCUGCAUAAUCAUGUUUAGUGCAGUUAUGCAGCUCUGUAAUGUGGUGUUUGAAUGUGUGUGCUCGUAUAUGGGAGGCAGAGGACGUGGGUGGCGCUGUGGGUAAAACCUCAGUGCCUAGGACUUGCCGAUCGCAUGGUCGGCGGUUCGAAUCCCCGCGGCGGGGUGCGCUCCCGUCGUUCGGUCCCAGCGCCUGCCAACGUAGCCGUUCGAAAGCACUCCCGGGUGCAAGUAGAUAAAUAGGGAGCGCUUACCAGCGGGAAGGUAAACGGCGUUCCGUGUGCUGCGCUGGCUCGCGAGAUGCAGCUUGUCACGCUGGCCACGUGACCCGGAAGUGUCUGCGGACAGCGCUGGCUCCCAGCCUAUAGAGUGAGAUGAGUGCACAACCCUAGAGUCUGGCAAGACUGGCCCGUACGGGCAGGGGUACCUUUACCUUAUAUGGGAGGCACAUAUUAAAGGUCCACACACACACACACACACACACACACACACAUAUAUGCAUAGGCAUGUAUCUGAGCAUAAAUCAUGCAUUCCCAUGUAAAAUAUGAUAUUCUGAUAAUGAAAUAGGACAGCAUGCAUGCUACAUGCUGUGAAGCUGCCAGAUUCCCUUCAUUUUCAAAUGCUUGCUCUUUGUAUAGUACAAAAUAUCACUGAAAGUGCAGAGUGCACAUUCAAGCAAUGCUUACGAAGAACCAUAAAGCACAAACAAAGUAUAGCUGGCACUGAAGAACGCUCAAAGUGGUUGACGACUGGCUUCCGGAUAAGGUCCUGCUUCCAAGAACUUCCUCAGAUAAUAACACUUCAAAAGUGUUUUAAGGCCCUGAUUGCAGUUUUCAUAACUGGGAGGACUUCAGGGAUGACUAUCUCUCCAAAGAAUUUACUUGAUUCCAAGAGGAAUCAAUACCACUGCAAAAGUCCAAAAUUAUGGGCAGACAAAGACCUUCCAGAAAUGUAUACUUUACAAGUGCUAUGAUAUUUGUCAGCUGCUUAGAGCAUUCUUCAACGAUUUUUGUACUGCAUGGUUCUUUGUAAUGCUGGAAAGUAUGUACACAUUGUGCUUGUACUGAUAUUUUGUCUACUUUAUUGUAAACUUCCCUCAUUAUUAUCUUGUUGUUCACAGUCGUGUGUCCUUCAGCAUUCUUUUGUGGUUUUGCCAGUUACAAUGUGACAAGCAAAUAUUUUCUGGAGAAUUUUAAAAUGUGGAACUGAGAAUUUGCCCAAUAGCAGCAGUGUGUGGGUUGUGGGUGGGGGUGUAAGUAAAAACAGCCACAUCAUCACCCUCUCACCUCUGGGCCUGACCUGUCCUCAGAUCCACUAGCAGAAUAGCCUGAUGGAUUGGAUUUGAAAUUGUUUUUAUAUAUCAACUUGCUUUAAUUUUUUAUUGUUUGUGUUUUACUGUAAAACUGCUUCAAGAUGUUUCAUAGGAAAUGAUUCAUAAAGAGAAACAAACAACUGUGUGCAUAGCUUCUUCUUGUUGCACAUCCACCUCUAGUGCCGAGGCCUAUUCACACAUGCUGCUUUCUAUGAUUAUGCCUAAGAUUUUGUUGAUUUUUUUAGUGUGCAGCUUAAUGAAGAAGACAAACCUCUGUUUGCAAACACAGGUAUCAUACAAGUACAGUGGUACCUCGGGUUACAUACGCUUCAGGUUACAGACUUCGCUAACCCAGAAAUAGUACCUCAGGUUAAGAACUUUGCUUCAGGAUGAGAACAGAAAUCGUGCUCCGGUGGCACGGCGGCAGUGGGAGGCCCCAUUAACUAAAGUGGUGCUUCAGGUUAAGAACAGUUUCAGGUUAAGAACGGACCUCCGGAAUGCAUUAAGUACGUAACCAGAGGUACCACUGUACAGUGGUACCUCAGAAGUCAAAUGGAAGUUGUUCUGGAAGUCUGCUCAACUCCCAAAACUUUCAGAAACCAAUUCAUCGCUUCUGAUUGGCUGCAGGAAGCUCCUGCAGCCAAUCAGAAGCCACGGAAGCCCCAUCGGACGUUCGGGUUCCAAAGAACAUCGGCAAACCAGAACACUUCCAGGUUUGCAGUGUUUGGGAGCUGAAACGUCCGAGUACCAAGGCUUUCGGGAUCCAAGGUAUGACUGUACGUGCAUCACCAGGUCUGCCAAGUGAACACUUGGUGGGAGUCCCAGGUUUGCUGCCGCAUAAUGUGUGGAAUGCUUCUUGGGUAUAUAUAUAUAUAUGCACAUCCACACUAUAACAUCCCUUCUCCUUUCAGCUGACCCUACAGCAGGAGCGGCAGAUGUGCCAGGUCAGUCCCCAUUUUGGUGCACGCAAUGCCUUGUCAGCCUUCAGUGUUGGCUCUUUGCUGCUACGAGUUAGAAGAUUGCUUUACAAGGCCUGGGGCUGGGGCUGCAGUUUGCAGCUGAGCACCCUACCUGCUUCUCUUUCCCCGAUCUGCUCUGGUGAAGAAAGGGUUUGAGAGCACACUUAAGAGGGGAGGAGGGAGGGAGUGGGCAAGUGGAUGAGUGCCGACCAACAUUUUCUCCCGAUGUCUAGCAACAAAGUUUGCAUCACGGGCUCCAGCAAAUGCUAUGCUGGCAGCAGUUCAGUAAGGAUCUAACUGGAAAUUAAAAACAAUAAUUUUGGGGGGUUUAUUUAUAAGGCAAGCAACCUAGUUGCAUAGGCUUCCUGACCCACAGUUUGGGAAAUGCAUCUCCACCCCCAUCAUUCAGCCCAUACAUGGAGGUCCAGUGCCGAUGACCUUCUGGCAGUUCCCUCCCUGCAAGAAAUGAGAUUACAGGGAACCAGGCAGAGGGCCUUCUCGGUAGUGGCGCCCACCCUGUGGAACACCCUCCCAUCAGAUGACAAGGAAAUAAACAACUAUCUCACUUUUAGAAGACAUCUGAAGGCAGCCCUGUUUAGGGAAGUUUUUUAUGUCUGGUGUUUUAUCGUGUUUUUAAUAUUCUGUUGGAAGCUGCCCAGAGUGGCUGGGGAAGCCCAGCCAGAUGGGCGGGGUAUGAAUAUAUUAUUAUUAUUAUUAGUUACUAUUAAUUGCGUUUAAACCCUUUCCCUUUUCCUUCCAGGUGACACUGCCCCAUCAACAGCACCUGGUAAGUUCAAUUUUGUUCUCUAUCCCUUUCUUCUCCUGCUUGCUCUCCCCUGUUCAACCAAUGGCCUGACUCACACCUCACAUAAAACCAUAAUUUAAAACAAAAUGGGGUUAAUGCAGAUGAUUGGCUUGCUGGUGCACAUUGCUCAAAAGGUUUUCAUGACGCUUCUCUCUCCCCACUACCCUCCACUGUGCCUUGCAUUAUCCAAACCUGGGCUUGUAGUUUAUUUCCUCCAGAUAAACCAGAAAUAAACCCAUAUUUGUUCUGGCCUUAGUGCUCAUGGUUUGUUUGGAAGGAACAAACCAUGUGCCUGAGUUCAGACCACAUGAUGAGCCAGAUUCUUAUUAUUUGAUCUGUCAUUUGGUGGCAGGGGAGCAGCACUGCAGAAACUUUUGAGCAGGUUCAAGCAAAUGUUUUAAUCACAGAGCUUCCAGAAGUUACAGCAAACACAUCCUCAUCCAUUGGCAGUAAAGUGAAGAUGAAAAAAGGUUCCAAACGACUUAAAAAGAAAAGUAUUUGGUUUCCUUAUAAAACUGAUGGUGUUCGAGCACCAAGGCGUUUGAGAAUCAAGGUUCCACUGUACAGUGGUACCUCGGGUUACAUACGCUUCAGGUUACAUACGCUUCAGGUUACACACUCCGCUAACCUAGAAAUAGUGCUUCAGGUUAAGAACUUUGCUUCAGGAUAAGAACAGAAAUCGUGCUCCGGCGGCGCGGCAGCAGCAGGCGGUCCCAUUAGCUAAAGUGGUGCUUCAGGUUAAGAACAGUUUCAGGUUAAGUAUGGACCUCUGGAAUGAAUUAAGUACGUAACCAGAGGUACCACUGAAGUUGUUUUUGAAAUUUGUGGGUCAACAUUGCGCUGGGUGUAUCAGUGCCGAGAAAUGCACUCAUCUGCUGUGAAUUUCAUGAGGUGCUUUCUGGUUCCUGUAUUAGCAGAAAGAAUCCACACAGUUCCACAUCUGCAUAUUAAAUAUUGGCUAUUUCGAUCUAUAGCCAUGUUCAGGCAUUUGUCUGAGCACACACAAGCUCAAAGUUUGGGCAGCUGCAGGGGUAUGUGUGCAAGCCCCACCUCCCACCCCAUGUAUCUGGUGUACGUUGGCUCCAGAUUUCCUGUGCUAAGCAAGGAAGGGGCUUUUUGGUUUGUUCAUUUUAUUCACGUAGGCUGGGGAUUGAGUGGGCAGGACUGAGUCAUGUGCAGAUACUGACCCCAUCCACAUUUUGGACUUUUAUCUCAAUUAGAGUUGCAGAGAUUAAUAAUGUGCAUGAUUCAAACACUGUUUCCCCUAUGAACUCAUGAAAAAAAGUUUAGCGCACUUAAAACACACACGUGGCUUGCAAAAGUAUUCUAUAAAAACAAUAAACCUGAAUCCACAAAAUGUAUUAGCCAAAGCUUAAGGGUUAAGGGCAGUGCUAUUUUUGUAGAAAAAGAGGUGCUUGAACUCACCAUGAACACCUCCCUUAUCUCUUAGAAUGGCAGUGGCACCCACCUGAGAACUGCCGGGUCUGAGUUCCUAUGAGUUCCCCCUGAAAAAGCCCUGGUUAAGGGUGCUAAUGGAAACCACUAUUGUGAAGAAAUGGGUUAAUCUAGUGCAAGGGUAGCUACCAAUACAUCUGGAGAUGGCUUGGUGGCGGCAGGAAUUUUAAAGAUGCUCAGAUUAUCUGCUUGAUGGGACACACCACUGCAGCACUGAAUUGGUGCGAAUUUGACUAGCCUUCACUAUCUCCCAAUAAACCCACAAGACAGAGAGACUGCAAGUUGUGUACAUUUAAGUCCAUGGCCACCACUGUAUGCAGGGGUGAACGAAGGCUAAUCAACACCCAGGGCAGGGGAAACUGCUGGCUGCGCACGCGUUGCUCCGCUACGUAUGACGCAUGUGUGGUGUCGCUACAUACGUGCGUGGCGUUGCUACGUAGAGUGCAUGUGCAGCAUUGCUACGUAUAGCGCAUGCAUUGUACGUAGCGGUUUGCCACCGGCGCCACCCAAGCGGUGGUGGGAUCCUCUGCUUGCGGCUGUAGCGGUGAUGGAGGGAUCCCACCGCCGUCUGUAUGGCGCUUGGGCAGCGCCGGUGGCAAACUGCUAUGUACAGCACAUGUGCAGCGUCGCUACAUACAGCACAUGCAUGCAACACCGCACAUGCGUUGUACAUAGCAGUUUGUUGCCGGCACCGCUUGAACACCAUACAGACGGUGGCAGAAUCCUCUGCUCACAGCUGCAGCCAUGAACGGAGGAUCCUCCACAUGCAGCUGUGGUGGCGCGAUGGCUGCUUGCGCCGCCGCGCCUGGGGGCAGUGGGGCGCGCACCCCAUGGGGUGCCUUCUUGUCACCCCCCCUCCCCAGGCAUGGCACCCGGGGUGCACCGCCCCCCCUUGCGACGCCACUGACUGUAUCUCUUGGGAAUAAAUUCCACUUUAACUAUUCAUUGUGUGCAAAGGUACUUCUUUGUGUCUGUCCCAAAACAAUACAAUUUGUGACAUGUGGUGCCCAGAACACUCUACUCAAGUAUUCCAAAUGUGUCUGCACCAUAAAGUAAUAUAAAUGCGUUGUGAUGAUGACAGUUUCAUUUUUGAUCCCUAGCAUGGAAUUUGAUUUCCUCACUUGAUGUUUUCAUGGACUUAUCCACUACAACCUCAGGAUCCUGUAUCUAGUCAGGCAUUGCCAGUUCAGAAGGUCUUCCCACUUAUUUUCCAGCAUUGUCUGUUCCAGAUUGAAUAUACCGCCAAAGUCUGCACAACACAGCUUUUCAUUGAUUUUAUCCCCCAGCAUUCUAAGUUGCUUGCGAAAUAUUUUCUGUGGAUGGAGUACUUUGCACAAAAUUCAGCAUGUAAAUAGGAUGGCAUGGUGUGAGCAGGAUGAAAUUUCAGUCUGCAAGAGGAAACGGUAGAAAAGUUACUGCAGGCCAGUGCCAUUAAAGGAAAUAUCUCACUUGCUCUCUUGGCAGUCACUUUCAAUGAGCCACCAUCCCAUUGAUGUAGCCACACCGAUGGCAUUAACUUGAACAUGUCCCUCUUUGUUUGCUCCCAGAAUGCCGUGAAGAGCAAUUUCCUUGUACACGGUUGUACUCUGUUCAUAAGCCGGUGAAGCAAUGCAUCAGUUACUUGUGUGUUACCAGGUAAGAGAGGAAACGCUCUGGUAGAAGCUGAAAAGGUUUAGGAAUUCUCUGCUAAGAUGUCCCAUAUUCUAUGAUUCUACAAGAUAAUACAGAUAGUUUUGGCAGGCGUCUUUGGAUACGAUUUCUUACAAUGAUCUGUGAAAAGUAAUUACUAUUAAUUUAAUUUGUUAGUUGCCUAACAGGGCAAUCUCUAGGUGACUUGUAACCAAUUUUAAAAACAUUUGAAAAUGGUUAAACACCAUAACCGCCAACAUUUAAACGACCAGGAGUCAUUUAAAGGGGCAGCUGGUAUACCAUGGCAGAAAGACAAAAGGAUGAAUGCCACGAGUGGCACAGGAAGCUGUGAACUAUCACUGGAAUUUCCCACCCCCACCAGAUACUAACCCACCCCAUUUUUAGCACAGUUUAAAGCAGGAACUGGCCAUCUAUUUUCAUCCAUUUUCUGCAGCCGCAACAGCUGGAGACUUGCUUUUUUGUCCAAAUGAAAGUUUCACUUGAUCAUAUUUCUCAGCAAUUACCCAGGGCACAGGGCCAUUAUCUGUAUUCCAGAUAAUGCUGGUUGAGGCUGAUGGUAGUUUUGAGUAAUCCAGAGAACACCAGACUCUCUAGAAGGCAGAUUUGGAACAAGGAAGCAAAGGGCAGGGCAGAGAAUUCGUACUCCUCCCCUUUCCCCCAGCAACUGCUUUUCUUUUCCAAAUCACAGUCCCCACAUCUGCUUUUCCUGUAAAACAAAUCAAAUGAAAAUCCCUGAAAUGAGAGGUAAUUGACUAGAAAUAUUAUCUCGAGAAAAUAAACUAAAUAAUAAGAAAAAUAAAAAAGCUUAAGGAAAAAAUUAGAAAAACCUAAAAUUGAACAAAGCCUUUAUGGGAUGUCGGCUACAAACCUCGUUUCACUGAACUAUUCAGUUUCCUCAGAAGGAAAUAGAAAAGUCAUAAACUUUAAAUGACAAUUUUUUUAAAAAAAAGGGUAGACCCCCCCCCAAAAAAUUUCUGAAGUAUUAUAAUCCUAGUUCUACCUAGGUAAAGCGUAGUAAAACAAGCUUGUGUAGGUUCUGUAACAUACAUUUGUGUGUAAUGUGUAGUUCGGCCUUUUGCUCCUCUGCUAGCAAUGAUUUAGCCACAGUUAUUUGUCGGUACCAGUUUUUGGUGCGCAAGGAUUUAUGUUCCUACUCUUUGCCUUCUCCCCACCACCCACCACCCCUGUUUCUGGUGACAGUGUCCGUCGGACAUACAUGAUAAACAAGGAAAUCUGCUCUCGCAUUGUCUGCAAAGAGGAUGAAGCCAUGCAGGGUGAGUAAAGAUGUCCAUAGGGAUGUGCCCCAUAAACCAGGAAGAAAUAAAGUUGCUCAGUUUCUCUUAGAGGAAGAAGAUGGCCUAUAUCAUAGGUGCAUGCCCUUGUGUGAAUGGCCAACAUUCAGAGGCAGGCAACAUAGUCCAAGAAGGGCGCUGGCAAAUGGGGAAAGGUACAAAAAUGGUGAAGGGCUUACUGGCAAUAGCAAUAGUGGAGAAAACUGAAGACCCAGAGAUGCUGUCUUGAAUAUAAGACCUUUGUGGUUGGAGAAAUACAUCGCAAAAUUCAGAUAAGUUCAAGUUUCAAAGAAACGACUGUUUCAGUUCUCAUAUUGUUCCUGAAAGUGCAGAUUUAAUAGAUUGGCCUUUAAGUACAAGCUGAAUUGAAUUUCUUUCCCACCCCUACUCCCAAGAAAGUGUCUUGAAAUCAGCGCCAGCAUCCCUCUGAUCCUCUACAGUGGUGCCUCGCAAGACGAAAUUAAUCCGUUCCGCGAGUCUCUUCGUCUAGCGGUUUUUUGUCUUGCGAAGCACGGCUAUUAGCGGCUUAGCGCUAUUAGCGGUUUAGCGGCUAUUAAAGGCUUAGCGGCUUAGAAAAGGGGGGGGGAGCGAAAAAAAUCUGAAGACUCGCAAGACAUUUUCGUCUUGCGAAGCAAGCCCAUAGGGAAAUUCGUCCUGCGAAGCGCAUUGAAAAACGGAAAACCCUUUCGUCUAGCGGGUUUUCCAUCUUGCGAGGCAUUCGUCUUGCGGGGCACCACUGUACUUGGCAUAUAUGGAAGCAAGUUGUCCUUUCUCAGUGGCCACAAUUUGAAGAGUCUGAAUGGGGGCCAUUCUACUUCACAAUGCCGCUGAUGCUUCCCCCCCUUUAAGUAAAACUACUUCAGGAGGAGAAAAUAGGGAGAGAGGGGUGUCAGACUCUUUCCCCGCAACCCUUUCCCCCCUCACAGAUGUGCUGUUAACCACUAACUAUAAUGUACACCCACGUGUGCAUACGGCCGGGUUGGAAAUUAUGUGGCAUGGUUAACCCACUCUUGAGCUCCUUCUCUCUCAUCUUUCUCUAGAGGAGAUCUGCCGUCAGAUGGCUGGCCUGCCACCACGCCGCCUCCGUCGCUCGGGUCGCCCUCGAGGACCACCCUGCCGGCGGGCUCAGCUCCGACGACAGAAUGCUGUUGAUGCUCAGUGA